AUGGUGUCAGUAAAUGUCAAGAUCGUUGGCAAAUCGCAGGAGGAACUCAAUGCACUCAGGGAAGAGCGCAAACGAACUGGGCGACUGGUAGCGUCUGGAGCGGCGCUGUUUAUUAUUCUUUUGGGGGUGUACCAGGCCCUAGCAGGGGAGACCCCCCAAUACGCUGCGUUGUUCCUCCCCGCCAUCAUCAUGUUUUCUUACGUAGGAUGGGUUUUAUAUACGUCGAAAAAUCAACGGAAUGUUUUAAUUCCUAUUACAUCUCCAGAGGGCCAGGAGUUAGAAGAAGUGAUUUUAGAUUCAGAAUCGGUUACGAAAUCUAAUACCAACUUGUUGCAAGUAAAACCCCCUAGUCCUCCCCCACCCCCUGCUUCAGCAGCAACAUCUGAACAACUAAAAAACAACAGGAAAGUGGAAAAAAGGAAAGAGUUCCAGCCUAGGACUCAUAAAACGUUUCAUCGCACUUACUCUAUCGCGUAAUAACAUUUACAUAAGUAUUCAUUAUUUAUAGUCGGAAAUUUUCUUAACUUUCUUUGGGCAUUUUCGGUUCAAUUUCCUUUUAUAUUAAUUAUAUUAAGAAAUGCAUGAAAUUUAUUAAAAUUGUAUUCUAAUCUGUCCUGUAAGUUUAUCUUUUCUGUGAUAUAAAUUCGACCCAAAAUUUGACUGAAAAUAAUUGAAUUGAAUAAUUACUCGAACAGAAAUUUGGAUUUCUGAUCCGGGCCCAAUUAAAAUUAUGUUAUCCGGGGUCUAUUUAAAGUCAAGCGGUCCCAGAGUCGGGUAUAAUCAGUAAUCAUAGUGUAGAAUCACAAAUGUGCAUUUAUUCAUUCUAAUUAAUCAUAUAUUUAAUUAUUUAUUGUCUUAAUGCAACCUUAAAAGUGUUUAUA